CUUGCUCACUUACCUUCCGGGUUACGAUCAGUAAGGACAGCCCCAGGCUCUUUUUCUCUUGAGUUACUGCCUUGGAGACGGGAUAGGACAGCUGCGUAGAUUGAGACCCUGGAUUUGAAUCAUGGGGCUGUUUAUUGUUAUUUUCACCCUUUUUUUCCAAAUCCUGAGUUUGCCGCUCCAGUUUCUGGAGCUCGUCGGCAUAUACGGCUAUUACAAGAAGAUAUUCCCGUACCUGCUUUUCAAAAUCUCCGACUCUUACAACCGCAAAAUGCAAGCCCACAAAAAGGAACUUUUCAGCCACCUGGCUCAGUUUUCCUCCCCGGGUGGCAGUCUGCUCCUGCUGGAAAUCGGAUGCGGCAACGGGGCAAAUUUCGACUUUUACCCGGCGUCCUGCAGAAUUAUCUGCACGGAUCCGAAUCCCAAUUUCGAGAGGUACCUGGACAGUGCCUUCGCCAAAAACAGCCACCUGCAGUUGGAGAGGUUCGUGGUGACGCCCGGGGAGAGCUUAAAAGGGAUAGCAGACGGGUCGGUUGAUGUGGUCGUUUGCACCCUGGUCCUGUGCUCUGUGAGAAACACUAGGGCCGUGCUCAAAGAAGCGAACCGCGUUUUGAAGCGGGGAGGCGCGUUCUUCUUCAUGGAGCACGUCGUUGCGGACCCGUCCACCUGGCUGCAUUCCUUCCAGCACGUCCUGCAGCCGCUCUGGUACUAUUUCGGGGACGGGUGCGAGCUGACCAGGGCCACUUGGAAGGAGCUGGAGGAAGCGGAGUUCUCCGAGCUGAAACUCAGACACAUCCAGGCUCCGCUCAUGCCGCUGAUCAAACCCCAUGUUAUAGGCUAUGCAGUGAAAUAAACGAGAGAAAGAACGACCUUUCAUAGGAAAGAUAGUUUCACUCAAGAAAUCAGCAGACUAGUCUAACAUGCUGCUGUGCACGUUUAAACCAUACAGUUAGGUACUGGUUCGGCACACGCACGCACGCACGCACGCAUAUAUAACUGAAGAUGCCUUUUUUGUGAGAUUAUAAGAACAUUAUGGAAACCAAUCAUUUGACACUCAAAGCCCUCGAAAGGGGGAUCUUUUCACUGAUGGUAAAAAUGGCUUUUAAUAUCCAAAUUGAAUUUUUUAAAUUGCUCUCCCAAUGUAUUAAAAUGUAUUAAUGA